AUGUCCGGCCUCGAGAAAGCGCUCUUUAACCUGAAGUUCACAGCGAAGCAACUGAACCGUCAAGCCAACAAGGCUCAGAAAGACGAGAAGGCCGAGAAGGACAAGCUCAAGAAGGCGCUCCAGCAAGGCCACGGCCCAGAAGUCGCCAAGAUCUACGCUCAGAAUGCGAUCCGCAAGCAGAACGAGCGGCUGAACCUGCUAAGGCUGGGCAGCCGCAUCGACGCCGUCGCCAGUCGGGUGCAGACGGCGGUAACGAUGCGGCAGGUGACGGGCAGCAUGAUGAAUGUGGUCAAGGGCAUGGACCAGGCCAUGAAAGCUAUGGAUCUGGAGAAGAUUUCAGCCGUCAUGGAUCGAUUCGAGACGCAGUUCGAAGACCUCGACGUCGCGACGGGAUACUACGAGAAUGCCACUACGUCCGCGACUGCGGUUGGGACGCCGCAGGAGGAUGUCGACCGGCUGAUGAACCAGGUUGCCGAUGAGGCGGGCGUGGAGCUACAGCAGGAGAUGGAGGGUGCGAAAGCGGUUACUGCUGCGCCAGUCAAGAGCGGACCGACCGAAGUUGAGGAGGAUGGUCUAGGGGAGCGCCUCAGAGCUUUGAGAUCUUAG